CCCAUCACUGGAACAGUCAUCUUCUCGUCCCGUCCCGUCUCUAUUCUUUUCUUCUUCUGCGUGCCACCUCUGCGAGCGAGUGAGCGUGUUAUUCUUCUUCUGCGUCAUGAGUAAUUCCGACGCCCUGAGUCCUGCUCCGCACAUGCAAGCCCCGGAGAAAAUUGUCGAGACCACCUCGGGCGAUGCUUCCAAGCAAGGCGACGGCCUGCACGAUGUUGAGGCUGGCCAGGAACCCAUCGACAUUGAUAGGAUAGAGAGGGUCUACAGCAAAUUGGAUCGCCGCAUAUUGCCAGCCUUUUGGAUUCUCUACUUCCUCUGCUCGGCCAUCCGUUCCAAUGUCGGCCUCGCUCAAACGAUGAACUCGGACAAAGGUCACGACCUGGCCUCCGAACUCAACCUCACCCCCAAGCAAGUGUCUACGGGUUUGGCCCUGUUCUACGUCUGCUAUGUCCUCUUCGAUCUCCCUUCCAACCUGGUCAUGUCUAAACUCAGCCCUCACGUCUGGAUGAGUAGAAUUGUCACAGGCGUCGGCAUCAUAGGCAUAUGCCUCACAGCCAUGAAAGCCGCCUGGAGCUUCUAUUUGCUUCGACUCCUCCUUGGUAUUGUCAUCGCAGGCAUGUGGCCAGGCAUGUCCUACUACCUAACCCUCUUCUACCCUCCAUCGCGAACCGGCAAGCGCAUCGGCCGCUACUUCACUGCUGCCCAAGUCUCCGCCGCCGUAGUUGGCCUCGUCUCAGCCGGGUUCCAGAAAAUGGACGGUCUGGGCGGGUUAGUCGGAUUCCAAUGGAUGUUCCUCCUCUAUGGUAUCGCCGGUAUCAUUGUCGGCAUCUCCCUUCUAUGGUGGCUCCCCGAUCGUCCGCUCCCACCGGGACAGACUCGCGACCGCACCGGAUGGCGCAAGUUCAUCCCCGAAAGCAAACCCGCUCUCUCCGGCGAGGAUGCGCGGAUCCACUAUGAAGAUCUGACGAGAGUGUACCGUCGCAGUGCGUGGAAUAUGAAGGAUCUCUGGAACGUGAUUAUCGACUGGCGUCUCUACCCUCUCUGCAUCAUGUACUUUGGCGUCGUCGGUGUGGGGAUUGGAACACAGAGCUACGGAACCGUCAUAAUUCGCGGUAUCAACCCCAGCCUCACUGGCAUCCAGCUCUCUCUACUCUUCGCUCCAAUAUGGAUCAUGGACCUCCUGGCCAUCCUAAUAGUAACCCCGCUCUCCGACCGCUUCCACCACCACCGCGCCCUCUUCUUCAGCCUCGCCGUCCUAAUCCAAAUCGCCGGCCUCCUCGUCACAACCUUCGCGGGCACCACCUCAAACUCGUGGUCGCGCUACGGCGGCCUCCUGAUGGUCGGCUUCGGUCUCGGUCCCACCGUCCCCAUAUGCAUGACCUGGACCAACGAGAUCUUCCAGCCGCGCCACGGCGAAGUCGGCGUCGCCGCCGCCUCGGCCCUCGUGUCUGGGUUGGGCAACCUGGGCAGCAUCUUGACCACGUACGCGCUUUACACGGGUUGGCCCGCUGAUGCCGUCGGCAAGCACAAGUAUCGGAAGAGCAAUCUGGUUAUGAUUGGGAUUCUUUGCGGGAGCAUUCUCGCUGCGGCUGUCAUGGUCGUGUUGUUGAGGGUCUGUGGGAACGAGAGUAUGAGGGGGGAUGAGGCGGUUGAUGGGGCGGCUAGGAGGGAGGUCAAGCAGAGGGGGUUGGGGAGGAUGUUUAGGUUUCGGUGA